CAACCAUCUACCAUUUUGCAAAAUUUUUUACUCAACACGUGUUCGCCGCUACGUUUGUGAAAUUAUAUUGAUCAAAUAAGUACAAUGGCUGAAGAAUCAUUUUACGGAGUUACAUUGACCGCCGAGAAGGACAGCGUGACAUGGGACAUGGACGAGGAUUACGGACGCGGCCAAAAGCUGGUGAUCAAACAGAUUUUGCUUGGCGCCGAGGCCAAGGAGAAUGAGUUCAACGUGGUCGAGGUGAACACAGUGAAGGAUUCUGUGCAAAUUCCCAUUGCUGUGUUGAAGGCCGGAGAGACGCGUGCCGUCAAUCCCGACGUGGAGUUCUACGAGUCGAAGGUGACGUUCAAGCUGAUCAAGGGCAGCGGACCUGUCUAUAUUCAUGGACACAACAUCAAGGACGACGUAGAGGUGGUUGACAUGGAGGAGGAGGAUGAGGAGGACGACAUCGGCGAGGAUGAGGAAGACGAGCAUCCAAAGAAGCGAGCCAAGAUAGAGAACACCGCUGACGGUAAAAAUGCUAAAAACAACAAAAAGAAGUAAUCCCUAUGACGCCAAUCAUCCAUCAAGGUGUUAGAUGAGUUGUGUAGAUUUUAAAGCAAAAAACAGUUUUAGGCCCCCUAAUACACUAUGAGAUGCAUACUAAGGAUACUGUCUGGUUCCUUUUUGAACAGCUCCUUUUACACCUACAUUAAAUUCAAAAACAACGUUGUGUGCUCGGCUCGUGUUAUCCUAAACAAAAAGUCUGCCCCUCAGUUGUGCUCCCAGUUGGGAACAGAUUAAACUGUGACUGCGACGCACUACUCGAACACACAGAUUUGUAUAUAUAUCCUAAAAGAAAUCGAAGCUAAGCCGCACUACCUGUACGCGCCCAUUCAUAUUUACAUUAUGAAAAUAAACUGUCGUCGGAAUACAACUGAA